CCUAUCCAUCCUCGCAGUGCUCUCAGCUGACAGGCGGGAAGGAAGUGGUGUCUGUGGAUGGAUCCUGGUUUCCAUAUCUUUCCUUUUGGUGCUCAUUUCCUUUCCGAUUUCCAUCUGGGCACGUAUUAAGGUUGUCAGAGAAUAUGAACGUGCUGUUGUAUUUCGGCUGGGACGUAUACUGUCUAAGAAAGCAAAGGGACCAGAUUCUCACAAAAGAUGCUGUUACUACUCAGGUGGAUGGGGUGGUGUACUAUAGGAUCUACAGCGCAGUCAGUGCUGUUGCUAAUGUCACCAAUGUACAUUCAGCCACCUUCCUCUUGGCACAGACAACCCUGAGAAAUGUGCUGGGUACACAGACCUUGGCUCAGCUCUUGGCUGGUCGAGAAGAGAUUGCUCACAGUAUCCAGGCCAUCCAUGAUAGUGCCACGGAGCAAUGGGGAAUCAAAGUGGCUCGUGUGGAGAUCAAAGAUGUCAGGAUUCCAGUGGCCAUGCAGAGGGUGAUGGCAGCCGAAGCAGAGGCUACACAAGAAGCAAGAGCUAAGGUUGUGGCAGCAGAGGGAGAGAUGAACGCUUCUAAAGCCCUCAAGCAGGCCUCCAUGGUGCUGGCCGAGGCUCCAGCAGGUCUUCAGCUGCACUACCUGCAAACACUGACAACUUUGGCAGCAGUGAAUAAUUCCACUAUUGUCUUCCCUCUCCCUAUUAAUUUGCUUUAUGGUUUUGGACAGAAAAAUAGAGGGGGAUAGAGAUUGAUCUGCACUAGCUGCUUGGGCUGAAAGAUUUAAAGGGUUUUUCCCAGGAAGCAAAGGGUUCCAGAUUACCACAGUAGAAAUAGUUUAUUAACCACACAAAGCUCCCACAAUGGAAGACUGCAUUUGAGUACAGAAAGUUGUAAAAUUCGGGCACUGAGCAGUUUUAUCUUAGACUCAUCUUGAGAUGAAAUGGAGGAAAAUAUGUAAAAUGCAUGUUAGACCUAGUAAGAAAAUUUAUUGAUGCUUUCACUGCAUACUGCACAUGCUUGAGUGUAGCAAUUAUUUGGUGACUUGUCUGCUAAGCAAGAACCAGUGAGCUCCUGAUGAGCUCACAAAUCUAUCCAUCUCCAUCCAGCAGAAGAGUGCUGGUACUUGUGCAUAAUUCAAGUCCUAUGAGCAGAAAAAAAGAUUUGUCCAUAACCUCAGUAUGCUUAGUAUUGCUUCAUAAUUAUCAUCAACAAAAUUACUGGAUAAUUGUUAUGUCAGUGGAACAGCUUAUUCUUUACCAUAGAAUCAUAGAAUGGCUUGAGUUGGAAGACCUCAAAGACCAUCUAGUUCCAGCCCCCCUGCCAUGCUCUGGGUUGCCAACCGCUAGAUCAAGUACUAGAUCAGGUUGCCCAGGGCCUCAUCUAGCCCACCCUUGAACACCUCCAACCUUAUAUGAGUGAAAAUUAGCAGUAGGUUCCUGAUCUCAUCUGGAUUUUGCCAUAUCACUGAUAUUUCUAUAAGCUCUUUAAUAAAGGGACGAGAAUAUAUGUUCAUGUAUUACAAUCGUAUUUCUUACAUUUGAAAGCUGAUGCAAACGUCUGCAAAACAAAUUGUUCUAUAUUAAGUGUCUUUUUUUUCAUCCACAAGAGGUUUCUUAUCCUACCUUGCAGAUGUCUUGAAGCGGUGGUGCAGGUUUUCACAGAAAGAGCCUCCUCCACUCUCCAUCCAUGCAAUGUCUUGCAGCUGAGUGGGGGACACUCCUGCUACCUGAGUUCAGCCAGCAUUAAUGCUGAGUUUAUGGCCUUCAAAAACAGCUGAGCUGUUCACGUGGCUGGUACACAACAGGCUGUCUGUAUAUGAAUCUGAAGGCUCUUGUGGUGUAGAUGCUCUGGUGGAUGAUGCUGCUGUGUAGCAUCUUGAGUGCACAAGGCUCCUUGCUGCUCCUUCUAUACAGUA